ACGAGUUGACCACGGGACGAGUUGACCGGAUUGCAUAAAAAAAGGGUUGAAAAGCUGUCAGAUAGAAAGGAACAAUGAGCCUAAGACGUAUACUUUCAUCUCCUUUGCUGCAUAAAACAAUCAAUCACUACAGAGGGUCUGCAAGAUGUAUGUCCACUGCUGCUGAUAAGUUACUUGUUGACAUGGAUACCAAAUCAGGUGUUGCAGUUGUGAAAAUGAACCGGCCCCCAGUGAACAGCCUUAAUCUGGAGUUUCUUACAGAAAUCAAUAUUUUGUUGGAGAAAUUAGAAAAUGAUAAAACGUGUAAAGGCCUUAUUUUGACAUCAAGCAACAAUAAGAUAUUUUGUGCUGGUUUAGAUAUAAUGGAGAUGUAUAACCCACAGAGAGAUCGUCUGACAGAAUUCUGGAGGAUGUUACAGAGUGUUUGGAUCAGCUUGUACAACACGAGACUGGCCACUAUUGCUGCCAUCAAUGGCCACAGUCCAGCUGGUGGAUGUUUGUUAGCUACAUGUUGUGACUAUAGAAUUAUGGUUCAAAACUUCACUAUAGGGCUAAAUGAAACACAAUUGGGCAUCAUUCCUCCCUUCUGGUUUGUAGAUUCUAUGGAAGGUGUGAUUGGAUAUAGACAGACAGAACUGGCCUGUCAGAAAGGUUUAAUGAUGACCACAGAACAAGCUUUCAAAGUUGGUCUUGUAGAUGAAGUAGUAACACCAGAUAUUGUGCUGGAAAAAGCUCAAAAUGAAAUGAAAUCCUGGCUAAAAAUACCUGGUAAAUAUUGUAAUUAAACAGUGCUCCUCUUA